UUUCUUUUUAACUGUUUUUCUAACCUUACAUUUAACUUCUUAGUGGUUAAUUGUAUUUGACGUGUCUAGAAGCAUAUGCUACCAUUAUCAAAAUGGUUUUGUUGGAGAAUGACAUGUUCUUAAUGGAACUAACCAAACUUUUUGACAAAUCGCGACUUUCUGGUUCAGUAGCACUCACCAUCAAGAGAUUUAAUGGAUAUAAUAAACCAGUACCCAGGGAAAGCAGGCCUCCUCUACCGACUCCGACGGAGUAUCUUUGUCUAGUUCGAGCGUGUCUACGCUCCAAAAAGAUUUCCACUGUUAUUCAUUCCAAGGAUGUAAACAAAUUUCAACAAGCCUACUGGAAUCUUUUGAAGACAAACAUAAACGGAUUGAAAAAAUUGAAGAAGGCAAAAUCGGCGAAACCAAAAGUUCACUAACUCAAAGUUGAUAAACCACUGAUUCACGCUAACUCUAUAUAGCAGUUAUUUACUUCUGUAUUAUUAAGAUCUUCGUACAGUGUUUGUGAUGUAUUUAUCAAUGUUUAUUUACUAUGUAAGCUAAUAUGAGAAGCAGGUUUAUUGCAGCAUUUUACACUUGCAUAGACUGAUGUACAAAAGGUUAAUAAUAGUGUUAUAAAAGUACACAUUAUCUACACAUAUGUGCAUAUGUCCAUAAAUUUGUGCAAUGAUAAUAAAUUA